AAAGCGCUCCGCCCCCGGGGAGGAGCGGCGCGAUGGCGGCGGCGGGGCGGCGGCGCUGAGGAUGAUAUCGCGAUACGCGAGGAAACCGGUGCAGCCACAAGGACUCCCGAGACAUGCCCUGAGGCAUCACCCACCGCCAGAGCCGGGGGCUCAGGUGUGCUCAGCCUCACCCACGGCUGAAAAGCGAGCCCAGACCUCCAGGGAGUCGGGAAUCCGUAAGGGAUCGGAUGAUCAUGGGGAUGCAGGGACUGCGAGUCAGGGUUGUGCUGACACCUCCACAGAAGACAGCUCAGUCUUCUCCUGGGGCUAUGACGAAUUUGACAAAGCUGCCACACAACAAGUUCAGCAGAUGUUCAGACAAAUUGAUGAGCUUCUGUAUGAGCAGAAAGAGACCGUUCAUGUUGAGGGACUGAGGGAAGAAUGCCACCAGUGGUCCUCCAGCUUUCCUCAUCUCAGGGUGGUGGGGAAGCAGGUGGUGGCCCCCACAGAUGAAGGGUAUGGAUGGUACUCCAGUUCCCCCUCGGGCAGUUUGGCUCCCUCGGAUGUAAGUUCACCACAGGAGAAGGAUUCUGAUGAACUUAGUGUUUUGGGCAAGAAGGUGCCUCUUUUUGUUGCUCCUGCUCACAAAAAGGCCGACCCUUCCAAGCCUCCCACCUUGUGUUCCUCAGAGAGGGGUGAAGGGGAAGAGGAAGUCAUUCUCUCCGAAGGCAUCGUGGAGGAAUACUUGGCAUUUGACCACAGAGAUGUGGAGGAGGAGUUGCACGAGAGGAACAUGGGACUGUCCUCUGGACGGAAAUUGGGGUUUCCUCCUGUCUCUCCCUACUCCUGCAUGAAGGAUUCUGUGCUCACCUUUGUGUUUGAUGAUGUGUGGAGCGAAGUCCUGGUCUGCAUGGAAGAAUUGAUCUGCAGGCACUGGGAAGGGUCAGCCUCUGAUGAUGAGAAAAAUAUAACAGUGGAAACGCUCCGAGCAGAUGCCAGAAGCCCUUUGCAGUUGGAUCCUCUGCCAGCACUGUUACCUCGGGUGCCACACACAAAGAUGCCCUCGGUGGCAUCAAAUCUGUGCCCAAAACCCAGAGGUGGCCGCAAAAGCAAAAAGAGGAGAAAAACACCUCAAGUAAGUCUCUCUCAAGGGUCAAGUAGUAGUUCUCAGUGUAACCUGAAUGGCUUGAUGGUGAUCCAUGGGAUCCAGUUACACCAAAGGAACCUGCCUGUCGUGGAGAAAACACUGGACCUGGAUGACAAACGGCCAGGUUCGAGCUCCCUCUUCUCUACCCGGGCGUGGCCAAACCGUCCCCUGGAGCUCAGCACCUCCUCCCUGUCCCGCUGCACCAGGAGGAGGAACGCCCCCCCACGGACCCUGCAUCCCAUCGGGACCCCACGCUCCGGGGACGACGUCUGCAGGCGCCUCCUGACUGCACAGGAGCAGCUGACCUCACCCUCCCCACUGCUGCUGAACAGAAAUCACCCCCUGCCACCCAUUGCCACCAGCACUGGGGCAGAGCGUGGGAGCACCACAGGACCCCACAGGCAAACGAAACCUCGAGGGAACUCCAGCCGUGCUCACAGUGUCACGACACAAGACACUCACCAGCAGCUCCAGGAGCAGCUGUCCUUACCUGAUCCCUACUCCAGGCCUAACACAACCAGCACAUCCUCGCCCCAUUCCCAGCGCCGCCGUUCUUGCACUGUUACUGAUUACAGUAAUCAAUCCUGGACAAGGAGAGGAUCCACGAGUUCAGGUCUUCCAUCGCGUGGUUCUGUGAAAGCCCACGGCCGAAGUGGAUCAGGCACAAAGAGCAAACAGAGGCACUGAUGUGCCAUGGAGAAGCAUCCACCCAUCCAUCCCUCUCCAGAGAGUCAUGAACCACUUCUCUUUCCCAGCAAGGUCAACGUUGUUUACACAGAGUUUUCAAACACCCUUCCUUACAGACAGUUAUUUUUAUAUAAAUCUAAGCAGCAGCUGCCAAAGAUUAGAAGGGGUGCACUUAAACAUUCCAUUUCCUACCAGUAGAGAAAGUGAUGCUCCAGAGGAAGGGUGAAUACAUUCCAGUGAAGCCCAACUGCUAGGAAUCCCAGCAAACACUCUCAGUCUGUGCUUGUGCUCUUUUCCAUGAGGCUGGUGACAGGUUCAUGUCCUUACAGGCACUGCAGGACCUGCUAAUUUUUUCCCUUAGGAAGGUUAACCUGGCCUUCCACAGCCGUAGUGAUUUACAUUUUUUAAAAAAGUGUAUUUAUAUAUUUCAAUAUGUUUGAAGCAAUAUUGUACUAGCAAAAGCAAGCACUCAGGCAAGUGAUGAAUGCUGUAGUAGCUGCAGCAGGUAUGAACAGAGGUGUGUAGAACCAAGGCAGCAGAGCAGGGGACCUGGCAGCUCCAAGGGCAGCACACCACUGCCUCUUCCUGAGUUACAAAAAAACCUUUUACCUGUUCCUCAGUGACUGAAGGAGGUUGAACAGGCAAAAAGAAACUUCUUACUACAAGUAGUUUCAGACAGUACUCAAAAUCAAAUCUUCCUGGUGAGACAUUUUAUAGUAAUUUCACAGAACAGCUCAGUGUCCCUUUGUAAAAAUACCUAUAAUUACACAAGAUUUCUUCACUCCAAGGUAGAGCUCCAGAAGCCACUGAUGCAGUGGAGCUUUCAGGAGCUGUGUGCCCUGUGUGACAGACCUAGCAGAGGCAUUUGCUGGAGUUGGCCUUGUGGCUCCAGAUAAGACAAAGCCAUGAAGUACAGGCUUCUCAAAAUAAGUGAUUAGCUUAAGGUCUUACUCCCAAACAGUAAGUGCCAGACUGAAAUGUAAAAACAAGCUGAGGUAACCACUGGCUAUAUUUAAACAGAGUUAGGACUCUCCACAAAAAGUUGUUCCUUUCUAGUCCAAUUAAAGAGCACCAUUUUCCUGUAUUUUCUUAUUCUUCUUCAAAUAAUAGUUCAAAUUAGAAAAAAAACUUGUUAGUAUUCUGUACGGCAUGGCUCCCCUAUUUCCCCACUCCAGACCAGCUAGUAAUUUUUCAUCUAUACUGAAGCUCCCAAGUCCAGUUGAUCCAAAUAUGCUUUAAUCAAAAACAGAGAACUGUGCAAAUAUAACUGGGUUAACCUGCCUUUGCAUUUCCAGAAGUUUAAAUUAAAAAAAAAAUAUAUAUAUAUAUAUAUAUAUAUAAAAUAAAUUAAAAUGCAGCUCUGAGCUCAAUUUUAAGUUUUCAAAGAGAGAAGCUGAUGCACACCAGAGACCUCUACUCACUAAACCACUUCAAAAUACAAUUUCUCUUCUGGAACACUACAGUGUGUCAGUUAUGACAGGCAAAGUGCAGAUAAGCAUCUCAUUUGUAUCUGUGCCAUUCCUCAGGGACCAAGUGAGUUUUCAGUAGCACAGGAGUUACAAAAGCAGACAAAUAAACUUGAAUAGACUUUGUAAACAUGAUUGUAGUGUUUGACAGCCUAGAGGAGUCAGUGGGUUUAACAAAUGCAGUCACCUCCUAAGGCCAAUUUUUGGUUUUUGUACAGAUGGCUGACACCAGGGACUGCUCCUGGACUGUUAUUUAUUUUGUGUAAUAAAAGCAACCUUCAAGCCCUGCGUUAUAAACCACAAUGAUAUGCUCUAUUUUCUCAGAAUCAGGGUUAUUUUUCAGAGCAGACAAGUAAAAGGGAACAGAGAGACGAUGUUCCUCUGGCUUUCCCCCGGGAACUGCUGUUGAAGCUGUGAGAGCCUUCCACUCCCAAAGUGUUCACCUCGAGACUCCUACACCUUUGAAAAAUGAUCCUCCUUGGAAAUGUGCAGGAUUUAUUUCAUUGAAAUCAGAAGAAUCAACACAAUUGGCUUGUUUUAAAUAACUUAUUUAGAAAACAUACAGAGAACUGAGAAAGUAAAACUCUGAAAAAAAACGCCACCUUCUUGUUUAUUAAAUCAGCAAUUUUCCAAACUAUCUUUAUAAAAACUACUGGAAUAUCUGAAAAAGACCUGUUGAGCUGAUGUGCAAAGACUUUUAAAAAUAACAGGUUUGUUACAGAAGAAAUGUGUGAGUAGCACACAUGGAUCUCAACUGUAGAGCACCCAAAGGGUUGGGGACAACAGGAAUGCCUUGUCUUCCUUGUUCAGCAUGGAUUCCAUGUCAUGCCUCCUCACUUACAGCCAGUCAAUG